GAAGAAAGAAACAGAGCUAGAGCUACUACUUAAAAAAAACAGAGUAACUCUCAGUGUGAGAAACUUUAACACUCUUUCAAAAGCCUAAAGUGAGAAAAAUAAAAAACCUUUAGAUGGGUUCUUGUAAAGAAGAAGAAGAACCAAAAUGGUUGUGGGUUAAUGGACCUAUUAUAGUAGGUGCAGGUCCUUCUGGUUUAGCAGUUUCAGUUUGUCUUAAAGAAAAUGGAGUCCCUUCACUAAUUCUUGAGAGAAGUGAUUGUAUUGCUUCUUUAUGGCAACACAAAACUUAUGAUCGCUUAAAACUUCAUCUCCCUAAACAAUUCUGUCAGCUCCCAUUGUUUGAUUUCCCUGAAAAUUUCCCAAAAUACCCUACUAAACACCAGUUCAUUUCUUACUUGGAAGAAUAUGCUAAACACUUUUCUAUAACCCCCAAGUUCAAACAGAGUGUUAAAGUUGCUGAAUUUGAUGAGGUUUGUGGGUUUUGGAGAGUACAGACUGAAGAUUUUCAGUAUUUGUCAAAGUGGUUGAUUGUAGCAACAGGGGAAAAUGCAGAAGCAGUGAUACCAGAAAUUCCAGGGAUUGAUAAGUUUAAAGGAAGAUUAAUGCAUACAAGUGUUUAUAAAACUGGUACUGAAUUUAUUAAUCAAAGGGUUUUGGUAAUUGGAUGUGGGAAUUCUGGUAUGGAAGUAAGCUUAGACCUUUGUAGACAUAAUGCCUUUCCUCACAUGGUGGUCAGAAAUUCUGUGCAUAUUUUACCUAGGGAAAUGUUAGGAAUAUCAACAUUUUCAAUAGCUAUGGCACUUCUCAAAUGGAUGCCUUUAAGAAUAGUUGACAAGUUCCUAUUACUAGUUGCUAACUUGACCUUAGGUAGUACUGACAAGUUAGGUCUCCGGCGACCAAAAACCGGUCCACUUGAACUGAAAAAUGCCACCGGAAAAACUCCGGUACUCGACGUCGGAGCAUUAUCACAAAUAAGAACUGGAAAAAUUCAGAUAAUGCCAGGUGUGAAGGAAAUUACUAAAUUAGGUGCAAAAUUUUUAGAUGGCAAAGAAGAAGAAUUUGAUUCAAUAAUCUUAGCAACAGGAUACAAAAGCAAUGUGCCUUCUUGGUUUAAGAAUAGUGAUUUCUUCACAGAGCAAGGGAUGCCAAAGACACCAUUUCCAAAUGGUUGGAAAGGGGAAAAUGGAUUAUAUACAGUGGGAUUUACAAGAAGAGGAAUUUUAGGGACUGCAAAUGAUGCAAAAAACAUUGCCAGGGACAUUAGUGAACAAUGGAGAGAAUUAAAGAGCUUCUGUAAAAACUUUUGUACUAGAAGAAAUCUAUCAGAUAGCCAGGGUAUUUGUUUUUAGACUUUUUAGUUACAGAAUUAGAUAGUAAAAUUUUCCAAAAAGGGUCUUUAAGUUUUGGAAAAAGUAGUUAGGGAGUUCAUAAAGUGCAAUUUUAGUUUUUCAAUAUUUUCGACAAGAGGAAAGUUCGUCUUUCUAUCUUCUUGUUUUCUUCCUCCUAUCAAACUCUUUUGUCAAUUUUGUAA